AUGUCUCAGGGACCGCCACAAGCCGCACAAGCCACGCCCCAAGAGGCAUCACAACCUCAGUCAGUUCGUCGCCAGCCAGAUAUCAAUGCAUACUCGGCGUCAUGGAACCGCCCUCUCAAGCAAUUCAGUCUCUUCUUCCUCGGCGCUGCCUUUACCGCGGCUUCAAUAGGCGUGUCUCGCCGCUCGGUGGUCCGUCGCCAGCGCGAUUCUUUCCCCAGGUUCUACUCAUCCAACACCGUGGGUCCUCAAGAGGGCGCCAAUUCCGAGGGUGCCGUGCUGGGCGUCCACGCUUUAGGACUGGCAACGCUCAAUGUAUCCAGUUUUGCGGUGAUGCUCAUAGGGGGUCUGUCAUGGGCAUUUGAUUUGAGCUCUGUGGAAGAGUUGCGUACAAAGACGAGAGCUGCGCUGCAGAGACCCGGUGGGGAGGUUAGUCCGGAGGAUGAGAAGGAGUUUGAGCAGAUGAUGGACAACUUGAUGGCCAAGCUGGGGAUGGAUAAGGCUUCAGUACAGGGUGGAAGCGAGGGAGACAAGAAAGAAGAAGCUAAGAAAUGA